ACCGCUGCGUCCUCAGGCGUGUGUGCGGCAGAGACACAGCAGCUGAGCUCAGCGGCAGCGGAGGACACGAUGAACACGAUUUUGACUCUGUCCAUCCCCUGGUUAUUCAUCUCCCUGGUCCGGUGUGGAUAUCUGGAAUAUGACCAAGAUGUCCUGAUACCAGAGGACUGGAGUCAUGCCGGUCGGGUUGAUCCUGCCGAGCAGCUGGAGCUGACCUUUGCCCUGAAGCAGCAGAACGUUCAUCUGCUGGAGGAAAAACUCCGACUGGUGUCAGACCCUGACUCGGCUCAGUAUGGUAAAUACCUCACCCUGGAGGAAGUCGCGUCCCUCGUGCGUCCGUCUGAAGUGACCCACAAGGUGGUGCGUCACUGGCUGCAGAGUCAUGGGAUUACAAACUGCCUGACUGUUAGAACUCAGGAUUUUUUGCAGUGCACGAUGACUGCAGAAGUUGCAGAGACUUUGCUUCCAGGAAGCAGGUUCCAUCGUUACGUCAGAAAAGGACAAUCUCUUGUGAGGUCGUCGGCUCCGUACUCUGUUCACGAUGAUAUUCACCAGCACCUUGACUUUGUUGGAGGGCUUCAUCGCCUCCCUCCCAAAGGACAGGACCUCAGUAAACGGCCGUCUGUGGGAGGGGUCCACCUGGGAGUUACUCCUGCCAUCUUGAGAGCUUGCUAUAACCUCACAGCAGCUGAUGUGGGAACAGGUCAGAACAACAGCCAGGCUGUGGCUCAGUUCUUGGAGCAGUAUUAUCACCCUGCAGACCUGACUGAGUUCAUGAGCGUGUUUGGAAGAGGCUUCCAGCAUCUGUCUCACGUGGAUCGAGUUGUAGGCACCCAAGGAAGAGGCAAGGCCGGCAUAGAGGCCAGUCUGGAUGUAGAGUACAUCAUGAGCACGGGGGCGAACAUCUCCACGUGGGUCUUCACCAACCCAGGCCGUCAUGAGUCUCAGGAGCCGUUCCUCCAGUGGAUGGUCCUGCUCAGCAACAUGUCUGGUCUGCCCUGGGUUCACACAAUCAGCUAUGGUGAUGAUGAAGACAGCCUGUCUACUGCCUACAUGAUGCGCAUCAACACAGAGUUCAUGAAGGCUGGUGUCAGGGGGAUCUCUCUGCUCUUUGCUUCAGGUGACAGUGGUGCUGGCUGUAAACAUUUGGGAGACCAAAACUCCUUCAGGCCCAGUUUCCCAGCCUCAAGCCCGUAUGUUACUACAGUUGGAGGAACCUCAUUCAAGAACCCAUUCAAGCUCUCAUAUGAAGUCACAGAUUACAUCAGUGGAGGAGGCUUCAGCAACGUCUUCAAGAUGCCUGACUACCAGGUCAGUGCAGUGGAGGGGUAUCUAAAGACUGCAGCAGCAACCCUUCCUCCUCCUUUAUACUACAACAUCAGCGGCAGGGCCUAUCCAGACAUGGCUGCCCUGUCUGAUAAUUACUGGGUGGUCAUCAACAGAGUGCCUGUCCCCUGGGUGUCUGGCACCUCGGCGUCGACCCCGGUGGUCGGAGGUAUGUUGUCUCUCAUCAAUGAUCAGCGACUGCUGAAGGGCCUGCCUGUCCUGGGCUUCCUCAACCCUCGCCUCUACAAGCUCAAGGGACAGGCCCUUUUCGAUGUGACUGAAGGCUGUCACCUGAGCUGUCUGGAUGAGCAAGUUCAGGGGCAAGGUUUCUGUGCUGCUCCGUCGUGGGACCCUGUUACAGGCUGGGGGACGCCAAACUACCCUGAACUGCUGGCUGCCCUGCUGGCUGAGUGAGCAGUUCAUGAGAGCAGGUACUGAACUCACAUCCAGACUCUUGACCAGGUGCCUGAUGCCAAAGAUUGCAGGGUGUAACGGAGGGAAAGUACGCCCAUCGCUUUGGACUUUUGCCUUUUUUGUCAUUUUUCCCCCUUAAGGUUGAUUUUUUUUUUUAAUAAUCACUUCUAUCAAAUUAAGGAUUCACAACUCCUGCAUCAAUGUAUUCAUUUUCCUUAAAAGGCUUAAAGCUGUUGCCUUGGACAUUUUUAGGUCAGGGAUGGUGUUUAGUUUUUUUAAUGCUUCACUGCAGUUUCUGCGGUUGAGUGUAUUUUAACUGACCCAGAUUUCUCAGUGAAACAAACCUGCAGGCAGAUGCUUGUUCACAACAAUCUUAGGCUUUAAAUUCAUGCUACUAAAUUCACAGCAAUAGGUUUUCUGCUGGGCACCAUACAUAAAGCCUAAAUAAAUGAUGAUUAAACUGAAAUACACACAUCAGUUUCCUGUAAAUUAAGUUUUUUUUUUUUUUAGAUUAAGUGUUUGUUCUAUGUCAAUCAAAUCUAUAUAUAACGGGUGCAAAGAUUUUUCAUAUAAAUAGACACAGAUUUGGUUUUUAGUUCAUGUAACUUCUGUUUUGCCAUGUUACUCUGCAGGGAUAAGCCAGUUUCAAAUGUCAUUUCACAAAAUUAUUAGCUCUGCAUGUAAUUCUAAAACAGUAAAUUUUGUAUUUGCACUGUUAAGGGAACGUACUUCAUGUUAGGACUUACAGGACCUUUUUAAAACUUGAUUUUACUUUCACUUGUAUACAACACGUGGGUUCUAAUGAUUCAGCAGUUCUGACCACCAGCAUUGUUGCACUCAUUUAAAAAAAUCUUUUAAUCCUGAAAUCAGAUGUAUUUAAUGUGGGAGACUGACUGCACUCUUAUUUGAGAAUAAAGGAAUUUAUUAAAGUAGAUUUAUCUCUUGUAAAUGUCAGUUGAGCCUGAGUUAAGUGAAAACUGAUCUGGAUGCUGGAGUUUUUCUACCAGAGGCCUGAAGAAUGUUAAACAGAAAUUAAAUUAUUAAAUUUAAAAGAAAACAUUUCAAUGCAAGUUCUGAUGUUCCCUCCAAUUUCUAGAAAUAAUUAAAGUGACAAUGUGUUAAAAUUCAUCCAGACAGAUGCAAGAUGUCACUUUGAAGCUGCUAAACUUGUUUUAAAAAAUGUCAACUGUAUAUUUGCAGUACACUGAAGAAAUAAAGAUUUGAGAAUAUG